AGCGGCCAGCACAUUUCUGCCUCAGAAUCUGUUGCGUGAAGACGUUGCGUUAGUUAGUGGUGCGACUUGUUGAUAAAUAUUUAAGCUGUUGGUAGCGCUAAACGGCUAAGCGCUGGAUAUUAUUUUCAUCAUUAAGAAAAUGUAUGCGAAAUUUCGUAUAUUACUGACAUUGUUGGUGUUUGUGAAUGUGAAUGUGAAUCUGAAGGCGUUCAGUGCGAGUGCCGCCUAUGAAGUUGAGGAAAUCAACAGUGAGCAGAGUGCCGCAGUGCCAAUUGUGCUGGAAGCUGAUGGCGAGGAAGUCGAAACGUCAAACAUAACGAAUAAAGAGGUUGCAGCAACAACAACAACAUCACUUGAUGCACUACCAAAAGCCAGAGCCCGCAGCAUAGCGGACAAUAAUGACGGCGAUGCUGAUGAGCACAAUUUGAAUGCAGCGCAUGAGAAGCAGCACAAAGACACAUCACGCCCAUUGAAGAAUGUCUUUCGUAGCAUUUACAAGAGCUACAAGAGCACUUACAUGGGCAAUGUCACAUCUGCGGAAUAUAAGAAGCGAUUAAUUGAGCGUUUAAGCGCAGGCGCACACAGUCACGUGACCAGUGCAAAACCAACAAUAACAACACAGCGUGACGUAUCGUCUGAGCAGCUAGUAAACGAAAGACUCAUGAACGAAACUUCUUCAACGCUGGACACCAAAGUAACGCCACUCGUGCCACCCGCACUCGACGCCGAAGCACUCAAAGCGAAAUUAAAAGAAAAGCUACGUAAGCGCAAACGCAAAUAUAAUCGUUCGAAUGCGAGCGCGAAGCGCGCAAAAACAAAUAACAGGCACUCGAACACAACAACUGCCGACGCUGAUAAGGUGAAUGAGCGCGCGGACGACAACAACAACAAUACGGUUAAUAACAUUACGGUACUUGAUAACGCAUCGCACACUUAUAACGGCACUUUCAACGCUAAACCUAACCGCUACACAAUCGGACCCGGCGUCAAUGUGAGCUUUGAUAUGGUGAAUGAUAUCGUUAAUGUCAAUUUGGAUAGCGAUAAUCUAGUGGAAAUAAUGCGUGGGCGCUGGUUGAACGACAACAGCGAGGAGGGUCGCGGCAAGAAGUACGAUAUGAUUACCAAAGUGUUGCCACUCUUUGUGCUGCCAUUUCUCAUACAAUCUGCCAUUGUGCCAUUUUUGGUCACCAAGCUGAAAUUGUUGUUGGUGAAGUCGAUAUUGAUUGGCAAAUUGGCAAUAUUCUUGCUCAUUUUGUCGGCCAUCAAGAAUAAUAAUAAAUCGGUGCAAUCUUAUGAGGUCGCACCCUCAUAUUGGGCUGGUGAACCGAGUCGGCGUUCUGAAUUGGCCGCGGCUGCUUCAUCGGCCGCUUAUAAUGGCUAUAGGGUGGAGGGUAAGCCGGCCGCCUGGAUCAAUUAAUGUAAUAAAUUGCCUAAGAUUAAUGUUUUAAAUUUUGUUGUUAAUGAAAUGGAUAUUAAAAGAUAUAUGUAUAUGUGUG